AUGCUCUACCUGGAUGGGAAGAGGAUCGUCGACAACAACGGCUGCCACGGGCCGCAGGAGCGGGCCAGCAUCGAGCAGACGCUGAGCCAUGGUGGCCACAAGCUGAGGGUGGAGAUGUGCGAGAGGGGCGGGGGCGAGACCCUGAAGCUGCAGUACAGCGGCCCGGACACCGGCAACUCCAAGGUCAAGAUCCCGAAAAGCGCCGUGAAGGCAGGCUUAGGGUGCAGGGUAGGGUUUAGGGUUUAG